CCUACUGCUGGCUGUGGAGUUCACUUUCAGUUGCACCAGCUCUACAGGCACUCAUGCUUGUCUCACCAGCACCAUAGUCUAAAAUCUCUGUAGAAAAUCCUUUGGAGGUGAAAACAGAUUGUCAAGUAUUGUCAGAGAGAAGUAGCAUAGCCAACAUACCACCAAACAACAUUUCAUAUCUCUGAUGUAAAGACAGAAAUGUCAUUUGUAAAUUCAACACAGAACAUUUUUUAUGAUGCCUACAACUACUAUCUGUGGACGCUUUCCUUAUCUGACCACCGCACACGAGGAUGGCCACUGGUCGACUCCCCCAUUCCAACUAUCAUAUACACUGCCUUGUAUUUGCUCAUUGUCUGGAUCGGUCCACGUUUGAUGAGGAAUCGAAAGCCUUUUAACCUACGAUGGGCACUUGUGCCUUACAAUCUAGCCAUGGCUGCAUUGAAUUUCUACAUUGCUUUUGAGCUCCUGUUAGCAUCAAUAAAACUUAGAUACAAUUACUUCUGCCAACCAAUUACAAGACUGAGGAGUCCAGAAGAACUGAGGAUAGCAAAUGCAGUGUGGUGGUACUACAUUUCAAAACUGCUUGAAUUCUGUGACACAUUCUUUUUCAUUUUGCGAAAGAAGGACAACCAACUGACCUUUCUACAUGUGUACCAUCACUCUACCAUGUUUUCUCUGUGGUGGAUAGGCAUUAAGUGGGUGCCUAGUGGUUCAACCUUCCUUCCAGCAAUGGCUAAUAGCUUCAUCCAUGUACUGAUGUACACAUAUUAUGGGCUUUCUGCCCUGGGCCCAGCAGUAGCUAAGUACCUGUGGUGGAAGAAAUACCUUACCAUUUUGCAGCUUAUUCAGUUCACAACCGCAAUGAUAAUGGGUAUCAAUGGUAUUAGAAAUGGCUGUGAUUUUCCUAUAUGGAUGCAGUAUACACUAGUAAUUUAUAUGAUGUCCUUCAUUGCCCUCUUUGGAAAUUUUUAUGCAAAGGCAUAUAUGGCCAAGGGAUCAAAAAUAUUUGAUGGUAAUGAAAGCUCUUACAGGAGAUCUAUCAGCAAAGAAGUCCAUCAGAAUGGAUUCAAGAACCAUACAUCAAAUGGAAUUAUUGAAGACAGGAGUAAAAAGAUAAAAUAAAUAAAAUGUGCAGCUACUAAUAUGUGCUGGUCACCAAACCUGAAAUUUUUGAGACACUAAUAAUGACUAAGUGGUGUUGUUGCUCCAGAAGACAUUAAACUAUUUUCUGUUUCUUGAUGAAACAGAACAUUUGUACAAAUUUGGUGCGCAAUUGACUGAUAAUGUUAGAUGAAUAGUGCUCUUCAUCUGAAGUCUAUUUUUCACUACUGUGAGUGAGUGCUGUUGAUAUUGUCACUGUUGAUCCAAGACAACAUACAAGUGUUUUGUAUGGCUGAAAAUCGUGUGUGUGUGAUACAAGAUCAUAAUUUUUUUUUUAGCUGACAUAGUCAGUGAGAAGGUAAGUUCCCUUACAUAUUCCAGUGAAUGUAAGUGCUCAAAUAUUUGUUAGCAAAGUGAUUCAAGGUGGUAAUUAAUAGGAACAACACAAAUGACAGUUAACAAAAAUGUAAUAUCAAAGCAAUACUACUAACUAAAGCCAUAAAUAUUAUUUAAAAUAAUUAGAGGAGGAAGUAACACAGUAGAAUGUGAAUUUAUUAGAAAGAAACAAUCAAUGAAAGUGUAACAAUUUCAAUGAACAGUAAAGAAUUUAAUUGUUAUGGUUUAAGGUUUUUCACUCAAAAAUCUGUCAAUGUAAUAACUAAAGCAAUAAAUGAAAGUGGAUCAAUGUAAAGUUAUUAAUUGGCAGUUAAUGCUACUGAAACUCAAGUUUAAAAUGUAUAUUUCUACACAUACUGUCAAUUAAUGCUCAGGUACAAGAAUGUAAUAUCAACUGUGUACUGCCAUGUAAUUCUAAACUGAGGCUGUAAUUAACAAAUAUUCAUUUACUAUAAGUGUGAGCCGCAUAUUUGUCUCAUAAUUCUGAUUUUUGUUUAUAAGUUAUGACAUGUCAUUCUGUUGACUUGCAGUCAUAAUUGUGUGAAAUAUAAAACUGAUGUAACUCUAACUUGCAAGCUCGCAUAUUUUUACUGUUUCAUAACAUAUGUUGUGAGAAAUGUUUAUCAUUCUAUUCACUUUUCAUUAAUUGUGUGCUUUCAUUACUGUCAUUUUUACACUCUGUCAUGCUACACAAAUGACAAAAGC